AUGAUUCUGCAUCUCCACCUGCAGGGAACUCCAGUGAAUAUCAUUGUAGGUUCUCAUGUCUGGAUUGAGGAUCCAGAUGUUGCUUGGAUUGAUGGGCAGGUAUCAAAAAUCUAUGGAAAGGAUGCCGAGAUUGAAACUACCAAUGGGAAAAAGGUUUCUGCAAAAUUAUCAAAAAUAUAUCCCAAAGAUAUGGAAGCUCCAGCCGGUGGAGUGGAUGAUAUGACAAAGCUGUCUUAUUUGCACGAGCCUGGGGUCUUGCAGAACCUAAAAUCUAGAUAUGAAUUGAAUGAAAUAUACACUUAUACUGGAAAUAUUCUUAUUGCCAUAAAUCCAUUCCAAAGACUUCCUCAUCUUUAUGACCCUCACAUGAUGCAACAGUACAAGGGAGCACCAUUUGGAGAACUAAGCCCUCAUGUAUUUGCAGUAGCUGAUGUUGCAUAUAGGGCAAUGAUUAAUGAAGGAAAAAGUAAUUCGAUUUUGGUCAGCGGGGAAAGUGGAGCUGGUAAAACUGAAACUACAAAAAUGCUUAUGCGUUAUUUAGCUUUCUUAGGUGGUAGGGCUGCUACUGAAGGACGAACGGUUGAACAACAAGUUCUUGAAUCAAAUCCGGUUCUUGAAGCAUUUGGCAAUGCAAAAACUGUUAGGAAUAACAAUUCGAGUCGAUUUGGUAAAUUUGUUGAGAUCCAAUUUGAUAAGAGUGGAAGAAUCUCAGGAGCAGCCAUUCGAACUUACCUUCUGGAGAGGUCUAGGGUCUGCCAAAUUAAUGAUCCUGAACGCAACUACCACUGCUUUUAUCUCCUUUGUGCUGCACCACAGGAGGAAAUUGAGAAAUACAAAUUAGAUAAUCCUAGAUCAUUUCACUACCUGAACCAAUCAAGUUUUUAUGAACUGGCUGAUGUAAGUGAUGCUCGUGAGUAUCUUGCUACCCGGAGAGCUAUGGAUAUUGUUGGAAUAAGCCAAAAGGACCAGGAAGCAAUUUUCCGAGUGGUUGCUGCAAUUCUUCAUCUUGGCAAUAUUGAUUUUUCCAAAGGAAAGGAGGUUGACUCAUCAGUUCCAAAGGAUGACAAAGCGAAAUUCCACUUGAAAACAACUGCAGAGCUUCUCAUGUGUGACGCUGAUGCCUUGCAAGAUGCAUUGUGCAAACGUGUCAUGGUCACCCCUGAGGAAGUUAUAAAGCGGAGCCUCGACCCCCAAAGUGCCGCAAUCAGUAGAGAUGGCUUGGCAAAAACAAUUUAUUCUCGGCUAUUUGACUGGUUGGUGGACAAGAUUAAUAAUUCAAUCGGACAAGAUCCAAAUUCCAAAUGUUUGAUUGGGGUCCUCGAUAUCUAUGGUUUUGAAAGCUUUAAAACUAAUAGUUUUGAGCAGUUCUGCAUCAAUUUCACAAAUGAGAAGUUGCAGCAACAUUUCAAUCAGCACGUGUUUAAAAUGGAACAAGAAGAAUAUACAAAGGAGCAGAUUGAUUGGAGCUACAUUGAAUUUGUUGAUAAUAAAGAUGUUUUAGACCUUAUUGAAAAGAAACCCGGAGGAAUUGUCGCUCUCCUUGAUGAAGCCUGCAUGUUUCCCAAGUCAACACAUGAAACAUUUGCAAAUAAGCUUUAUCAAACAUUUAAGACUCACAAGCGUUUUAUAAAGCCCAAAUUGUCUCGAACAGAUUUUACCGUUGCUCAUUAUGCCGGGGAGGUCUUAUACCAGUCUGACCAGUUUUUAGAUAAAAAUAAAGAUUAUGUGGUUCCUGAACAUCAAGAUUUGUUGGGCGCUUCCAAAUGCCCUUUCGUAGCAGGUCUUUUUCCUCCUCUUCCAGAAGAGACAUCUAAAUCAUCGAAGUUUUCUUCCAUAGCUUCUCGUUUUAAGCUACAACUACAGCAACUAAUGGACACAUUGAACUCGACAGAACCUCAUUAUGUAAGAUGUAUAAAGCCAAACAAUGUCCUUAAGCCUGCAAUAUUUGAGAACGUCAACAUUAUGCAACAACUUCGCUGUGGUGGUGUUCUAGAGGCAAUCAGAAUUAGUUGCGCUGGUUACCCUACUCGCCGUCUUUUCUUUGAAUUUGCUCACAGAUUUGGAAUCCUUGCCCCAGAGGUUGUGGAUGGAAACUCUGAUGAAAAGGUCGUUUGCCAAAAGAUUUUAGAGAAAGUGGGUCUUAAAGGAUAUCAGAUUGGGAAAACGAAGAUAUUCCUGAGAGCAGGUCAGAUGGCUGAACUAGACGCACGGAGGGCUCAGGUACUCAGUCGGGCAGCCAAAAUUGUCCAACGGCGCAUACGAACCCAUCAAGCUCGUAAUCAUUAUCUUGCAUUACGUAGAACUACCGUAUUCAUGCAGUCUUUAUGUAGAGGAAGACUGGCAUGCAAACAAUAUGAUAACAUGAGAAGGGAGGCCGCUGCAAAGAAAAUUCAGAAAGACGUGCGCAGAUAUACAGCUAGGAAAGCCUAUAAAAGACUCCAAGCUUCAGUACUUAUCUUGCAAACAGGUUUAAGGACAAUGGGUGCUCGUAACCAAUUCAGAUUUAGGAAGCGUACUAAAGCUGCAGUCACUAUUCAGGCUUGGUGGAGAUGCCGGAAGGCCACUUUGUAUUACAAGAGGCUCAAGAAAAGUACUAUUGUUGCACAAUGCAGAUGGAGGGGGCGAUUGGCCAGGAGAGAACUUAGGAAACUCAAAAUGGCUGCAAGAGAAACUGGUGCGCUUAAAGAAGCAAAGGAUAAGCUGGAAAAACGAGUGGAGGAACUUACUUGGCGUCUGCAAUUAGAAAAAAGUUUAAGGACUAACCUAGAAGAAGCCAAAGCACAAGAAGUAGCAAAACUGCAGAACUCACUGCAGGAGAUGCAGAACAAGAUUGAUGAAACCAAUGCUUUACUUGUUAAGGAGCGGGAGAAUGCAAAGAAAGUUGUUGAAGAAGCACCUCCUGUUGUUAAAGAAACACAAGUUCUAGUGGAAGACACACAAAAGGUUGAGUCACUAGUGGGGGAAGUUGAGAGUCUGAAGACAUCAUUAGAGUCAGAGAAACAAAAAGCUGAAGAUUUUGAAAGAAAAUACAAUGAAUCUCAAGCUUUUAGUGAAGAACAAGGCAAAAAAUUAGAGGACACAGAGAAGAAGGUUCGUCAACUACAGGAAUCGUUAACCAGGCUGGAAGAGAAAAUUACUAAUUUAGAAUCAGAGAAUCGGGUUCUACGUCAGCAAGCAGUAUCCAUGACACCAAAUAAGUUUCUUUCAGGACGCUCUAGAUCUAUUAUACAGAGAGGCGCUGAAAGUGGUCAUAUAGUCGGAGAAGCGAAGAUACCCUUGGAUCUUCAUAGCUCAUCAAUUAACCAGAGGGAACAUGCUGAAGUAGAUGACAGACCACAAAAGUCACUAAAUGAGAAACAGCAGGAAAAUCAAGACUUGCUCAUCAGAUGUAUUGCGCAACAUGUAGGCUUUGCAGGGAACAGACCUGUUGCUGCAUGUAUCAUAUAUAAAUGUCUCUUACAUUGGAGGUCAUUUGAAGUAGAGCGCACUAGUGUUUUUGAUCGUAUUAUUCAAACUAUUGGCAAUGCAAUUGAGACCCAGGACAACAAUGAUGUCUUGGCUUAUUGGUUAUCCAAUGCAUCCACGCUUCUAUUGUUACUCCAGCGCACACUUAAGGCUAGUGGUGCUGCUGGCAUGGCCCCACAACGCCGUCGUUCUUCAUCCGCAACCCUAUUUGGGAGAAUGACACAGAGUUUCCGUGGAGCCCCUACAGGAGUUAACCUCUCCUUAAUCAAUGGUAGCAUAAGUGGUGGAGUAGACACAUUGCGUCAAGUUGAAGCCAAGUACCCAGCUUUGCUUUUCAAACAGCAGCUUACUGCAUAUGUAGAAAAAAUAUAUGGAAUGAUUCGGGAUAAUCUAAAGAAAGAAAUUUCUCCCCUGCUAGGGUUGUGCAUCCAGGCACCAAGAACAUCCAGAGCAUGCUUGGUUAAGGGAUCACUAACAGUUGCAAAUACUGAAGCUCAGCGAGCUUUGAUUGCUCACUGGCAGGGGAUAGUUACGAGCCUUGGGAACUUUUUGAACACUUUGAGGGCAAAUCAUGUUCCCCCAUUUUUAGUUCGUAAGGUGUUUACUCAAAUUUUUUCUUUCAUCAAUGUUCAACUAUUCAAUAGUCUCCUUUUAAGAAGAGAGUGCUGCUCAUUUAGUAAUGGAGAAUAUGUCAAAGCUGGGUUGGCUGAAUUGGAGCACUGGUGUUAUAAGGCGACAGAUGAGUAUGCAGGUUCAGCGUGGGAUGAGUUGAAACAUAUCAGACAGGCGAUUGGAUUUCUGGUCAUACACCAGAAACCUAAGAAAACACUGGAUGAAAUAAGCCAUGACCUUUGCCCGGUCCUCAGCAUCCAGCAGUUAUAUCGGAUUAGCACAAUGUACUGGGAUGACAAGUAUGGUACACACAGCGUGUCACCUGAUGUUAUCUCCAAUAUGAGAGUGUUGAUGACCGAAGAUUCAACUAACGCAGUUAGUAGUUCUUUCCUGCUGGAUGAUGAUUCAAGCAUUCCAUUUUCGGUUGAUGAUAUGUCAAAGUCGAUGGAACAGAUAGAUAUCUCCGACGUGGAGGCCCCACCGCUUAUUCGUGAGAACUCUGGCUUUAGUUUCUUGCUGCCAAGCCCAACUUGACAGCCUCGUCAGCAGAAUUGAUGAACUGCACAUCGACGCAUCGAGCCGGCUAAUUGUUGAAUUGGGACGCAUCAGAGACAAGUCAAUGGACUUUAACAUCGUACAAAGGCUGAUCUUCCUCCUUAGAUGUAUAACUAGCAUUUGAUUUGU